CACAUGCAUACAUAUACACAUGCACGCACACACAUGCACGCGCGCGCACAAUCACACACACACACACACACACAAACCACAGAGAGUGAUAGACAGACGAACACAUAGAUAGAUAGAUAGAUAGAUAGAUAGAUAGAUAGAUAGAUAAACAAACAAAGGUAUAUAUGUGUGUGUGUCUAUAUAUAUAUGAAUAAAUAGAUACACACAUACAUAGAAACAACAAUACCACGUUUAUUAUGUAACUGCAUCGAGGAACACGCAUGCACACGCUUGCACACAACAACAACAACAACAGCAACAGCCACAGCAGCAACAACAGAAUCACAACAACAACAUAUAGGAUAACAGACGAACAUGAGAGAAAAUAUCGUCACAGUGUUACAAGAACAAUACACAAGAAAGUCACCAAUAUAAACGAAUAUAAUUAUGAUGUGAAAAUAAUAUAACAAUUAACAACAACUAGAUCAUUUGAGCAAUAUAUAAAUAGAGAAAAUAUUACAAUAACAUACAGUACAGAUGUAAUAUAACAUGAUAUGAAUAUUGCUAUAAUAUAAUUGUAACAUAACUAGAACAUUUUAUGUUACAGAUAGAUGAAGAACGAAAUUUGGCAGAAUAUUUGAACAUAACCUUUCAUUAUAUAUAUCCAUCCAUCUUCUUACAGACUCAUCUAUCUAUCUAUCUAUCUAUCUAUCUAUCUAUCUAUCUAUCUAUCUAUCUAUCUACCUACCUAUCUAUCUCACCGUUUAUCCAUCCAGUUAAUGUUAUAUAUGAUAUAGUCACACAAGAAACACGCACAACAUACGUACAUAUAUUUAUAUAAACACAAAGCGCAAGCACACACGAUAUAUAUAUAUAGACAAAUGGCUAUAUAAAACUAUCUAUUUCUACACAGUGUUACCAGAUAUUUGCAUGUAGUGUUUACACAUUGUUUUGCGAGCUGUUCUGGACAUUACAUCCAAGAGAGCUUCCCAAAAAAUGGCGAUCUUCACGCUUAGAAUAUUUACAUUCGGUGCAGUGUCCCUGUUUGUGUUUGGAUUUCUUCCACAUCGAGUACUCACGGAAUGGCUGAAGGCAAAACCGAAUUUAACGUUGAUUGAAACAGAAGGACAUUUGUACCACACCCUCCUCACGAAUUACAACCGACACGUCAGACCUUCCGUCAACGGACCGGUUCUCGUUAACUUGCAACUUUCUCCACAUACUGUUGACCUGGAUGAACAUUCGAUGACAUUUAAAAUCCAUGGAUAUCUCACAAAAACCUGGGACGAUGCCAGAUUUCAUUGGAAGCCCAGUGAAUACAACAACCAAGAAAAUAUCCGAAUUCCUGUGCAAAAUAUUUGGUAUCCUGAUAUAGUUCUUUACAACUUUGUCGAACAGGCUAUUCCUUCUACCGCCAACGACGACGUGCUUGUGCUAAACUCUGGCAGUGUAUUCUACAUGCACCGAUUGGUUGAGACGGCAGUUUGUGUACCUGAUAUGUCAAAAUUCCCAUUCGACACACAGACGUGCAACUUGAUUUACGGAUCGAUGGUGUACAACGGUCUGGAAGUAAACAUCUCCUCACAUUUCAGUUCGCUUGUUACUUCAGAUUAUGUACCAAACAACAAAUGGGAACUCGUCAGCGCAGAAACCGAAGUAAACAUCAAAAUGUACACCUGUUGCGUGGAGCCCUAUCCCAGCUAUCGCGUCACAUUUGUUUUGCGCCGGAAGUCAGCGUAUUUCAGUCACGUGCUUGUUUUCCCCGCUAUGCUAAUCGGUGUGCUGGUUCCUUUUCUGUUCUUGUUACCGCCAGAUUCUAAAGAACGUAUAACGUUAGGUAUGUUACAAUGGACAUUGCAAACGCUCUUUUUCUUUGUUAUAUUUAAAACUUUGUCUAAUGGAAAAUCGGAUACAGCGUCGUCAGCAUCACGGGGACGUCUGAUUAAGCAUCUUCUUGAAACGUCCAACACUCUUGUCUUACCUGACGCGAAUGCAGCUGUUAACGUGACUUUGGAUCUCUACGUCAACAAUAUUCAAAUGGACGAACAAGAAAGGAAGUUUACAGUCGACGGUUAUUUUUCACAAAAAUGGACCGAUGUUUCGUUAAGUUGGAACGCCAGUGAUUAUGACAACAUGGAGGACAUCCGUUUGCCUGCCAAAUACAUUUGGACUCCUGAUAUAAUCCUUUACAAUUACCGAGGUGUGAGAAAUCCUCCAACACUUGAUAUUAACGUAUAUUUGAAAAGCUCUGGGGAAGUAACUUACAUUCCACCAGUCACUCAUUCAGCAGUGUGUGCAUUUGAUAUGUCCAAAUUCCCUUUUGACAUCCAGACAUGUAAACUUUCAUAUGGAUCCUGGGUGUACGACGCUUCCAUAAUGAAUCUCACCUCGAAAUUUCGUCCUAUCAUCGAGGAUGGUUACGUACCUAAUGAGAAAUGGGAAAUUGUCAGCGCAACGUCCGAAAUACAGGUACAAAGCUACUCCUGCUGUAUACAGUCCUAUGUCACUUACGUUGUGACAUUCGUUUUACGCCGGCACCUCGGAUACUCCGGACAAGUACUGAUUGUCCCAGCUAUAAUAAUCGCGGCACUGAUUCCUUUUAUGUUCUUGUUACCUUCAGAAUCUAAAGAACGUAUAACUUUAGGAAUCGCCCUCGUUGUAAUAAGUGUCAUCCAGAUUAACGUCAUUUCCAACUGGUUAGCGAAAAGCCAAGCGGGUAACCCGGUUAUUUUGACGUACCACGUGCUUACGUUGAUCUUGGUUGCGUUGUCUGUGAUUCUGUCAAUAUUCAUCCUGAACAUUUACAACAGAGGACCAAGAAGAAAGAAGAUGCCGCAGAUAUUGCGAACGAUAUUCCUGAAAGGAUUACGCAAGUUGGUUUGUCUUGGAGACGAUACUUACCAUCCGACUGACGAGCAAGAGACAAUGAGCAUGCGCGGAAAAGACGUCGUCGUUGGAGUAAAUGAUGAAAAACCUCCACAGACAUCCGGUGGAAAUAUGGACGAAAUCAACAAACACAUGCAAUCUUUGGCGCAGCGAGACAGCGUCUUGGAUGCUCGCCAAGAAGUCCUUGCCGAAUGGCAGCAGAUGAAAAAGAUCUUUUUACAUGAUAUAAUUGAUACACGUCUGACACAACUGUUUUGA